AUGAAGUUGAUCAACUUGAAGCCUGAUGAUAUAAUUCAACAACAACCGAUAGCUGCACAAAAAAAUUCAGAUAUUGUAUAUACAAGUCAGCUUAUUGAUGUUAAGGAAAUUUCUAAAAGAGUUAGUGCAGAAAUUGAGUCAGGUAACAUAGUAGGUGGGAUUUAA